ACUUUUUUUUUCAAAUAAUUGAGCAAUAAAUGAUUCAAGAGUUAACCAUAUUAGUCCAAGUGAAGCACUAGGCCUAUAAAUCCUCCCAAAACACUCCAAAAUCUCUUCAACUUUUAACCAAAAAACACCCAAAUCAUCCUAAAAAUAACCUUAUUUAUGUAAAAAAAAAAUGAUCUUAAAUUUAUCUUCUUACAACACUCUCCUAACACUAAUAACACUCCUCCUUUUUCUCCUCUCAUCAACACAAUCUUUUGCUUCCACAACACCAACCAAAAAACCAUUCUCCAAAAUCAUAGCAUUUGGUGAUUCCUACACUGAUACAGGCAACACAGUAUCAGCAACAGGGCCUUCAGGAUUCAACUAUGUAUCAAAUUCCCCUUAUGGCAUGACAUUCUUCCACCACCCCACAAACCGUUACUCGGAUGGGCGACUUGUGAUCGACUUUGUCGCUCAGUUUCUGUCGCUUCCAUUCAUUCCGCCUUAUCGGUCAGGUAGCCGAGCAUCCAAUGGUGUAAACUUUGCUGUAGCAGGGUCUACGGCGAUCGAGUACAGGUUCUUUGUGAAGAACAAUCUGAGCCUGGAUAUUACUCCUCAGUCAAUUGGGACUCAAUUGGGUUGGUUUAAUAAGUACUUGGAAAAACAAGGGUGUAAUGAGAAGAGAAAGUGUGAUGCAUUGUUUGAUGAUGCAUUGUUUUGGGUUGGUGAGAUUGGUGCAAAUGAUUAUGCUUACAUUGCUGAGAGUGGGUUAAGUCAUAGUGUUAUUCAGAACUUAGCCAUUAAAAGAGUUUCUCAUUUUCUUGAGGCAAUACUCAUGAAAGGUGCAAAAUAUGUCGUCGUACAAGGCUUACCGCCUACAGGAUGCCUAACACUAGCACUGUAUCUAUCUCCAUCAGAUGAUCGAGACGAAAUAGGCUGUGUCCGAAGCGUCAACAACCUUAACCACAACCACAACGCUCUCCUCCAAGCCAAAAUACAAGACCUAAGGAAACAGUUUCCUAAGGCGUUUAUUGUCUAUGCUGAUUACUACAACGCAUACAUCAACAUAUUGAAGAGCCCAAGCAAGUACGGGUUCAAGGAGGUCUUCAAGACGUGUUGUGGGACCGGAGGUGAUCCUUACAACUACGAAUUCUUCUCUGCAUGUGGAUCCCCAAGUUCAAGCCCGUGCUCAUACCCAUCUCAGUACGUUAUUUGGGACGGGGUUCACUUGACAGAGGCAAUGAAUAAGGCGUUGUCUGGGUUGCUCCUUCAAGGUGGAUACUCUCACCCUUCUUUUCAGGAGUUGCUCAACAGAAAGAGGACUCAAUUGUGAGCUUUGCAUCCUCAUUCACUAGAUUUUUGUGAGUGUAAAGUAUCUGAUCAUUUGUAAUAAUUUGAAAAUUAUGAAUCAUACAUGCGACAUAUCAGGUGACUUGUAAUUGUUUGAAAACUAUGGAUCAUAAGCUAACUUCUACCCGCAUCGGGCAUAUGUUUCA